AUGGACAAUCAUCAAAAAAAAGAAGAUAUAAUUUGCAGAUUCUUCCUGACACUUAAUAAAGAUAUUUUAACUGCUACUGAUCUUAAGCAGAUUAUUCAACAUAUUGAUUAUGAUUCUAAGAAGAUUGAGGUUACUAUUGCUGAAGAAAUUCUAGAUUUAAUUAAAUUAGCAGAUCGUAAAGCUCUAUUAAUUGUUGACGAACAUGGUAUAUUAUUUGAAAAAGAUCCAGUACUUUUAAGAAUUCACUUGUUAAGUCCUCUAAUGAACCUUAAUUUUUAA